AUGGAGCACCUGUUCAUGCAGGCCUUCGAGAGCAGGGACCGGGUGGCCGCGCAGGUGCAGCAGCACGCCGACUCCUACUCCAGGAUCCUCGCCUGCAACCUCCUCGCCGCCGGUCACCAGCCCCCGGAAUGGCUCAUCCCUUCCGCCACCCUGCCCCAAGAGCUGAAUGGCAAACCAAUUGUUCUGACUGGAAGACAGAUUACAACACCAGCCAUCAAUAGGACUGUCUUUCUGCCUCUAGCUGUUCCUAGCACUUUGUCCACAAAGUCGGGGGAUCCAAAUGGAUAUGAUGCCUACCAAGGCACUAGUUGCACUGCUCUGGGUACUACUAACCAACAUGAAGAGCAGCAGCAAGAGCAGGCUUCGCUUACCCAGGAGCUUACUGAGUCUUGCACUGCAGCCAAAUUGUUUUCAAGGAUUCAGCGUUCCAGGUCAAGGCAAAAGCAUAUUGAAGAUCGCCUACAUGGAGGAGAUCGAGCUGCAAAGAGUGGAAGCUGUGAUGGUAUGCAAGAUGGGAUGCAUAAGUCUAACCUUAAGACUGUGGGGUCAAACAGAGCUGCUGCAUCAUCAUCUUCCGUGCCGUGUGAUGAUGUCCCAAACCGUGCUGAAACAACAUCAGGUUCAGGUCAGGGUGGUGGUUUUUGUGCCAUUCAAGGAAAGUCAGCUGACUUCUUGAAGUGCGACAACAAUCCUGAAGACCAAGGAGUUAAGUUAGAUGGUUUCCCACCGCUGAUUGUAGAGAACAAGAUUAUCUGUUCUGAUAGCGAUGUCGGGGUCAGUAACAACUGUUCUGUUAGAGAUUCACCGGGUGUGCCACUUCCAGAUUUCUCUAAGCCAAACACUGCAGAUAGUGUGUGCCAUCAAAUUCCUGAAACUCACUUAUUGGUUGAGCCAAAAAUACUUCAAUUUGAUGUUGCUGAAUCAGUUUGUAUGAAUCCUUCCAGUGAACAAACAGGUCAGCAACAGGAAUCUGGUCUGAAAAGUGACCAUCUUGAUCUUGCUUUUACAAAUCUGUCAAGUGAAGACCCAUCUUCUACCAGCUCUCAGGGACCUCAUUCUAUGGGAAGGUUGUUGCUUAAUCAUGUUAGGUCAGGACAUUUGAACCAUGACAGUGCAUCAGUGGAGCAGCACCACAAAUAUACUUCAGAAUGUGGCCAUCCUGAUCUUACUAGUAUGCCUUCUCCAAAUAAGAAACCAUCUCCGACGUGUUCUGCUGAAGUACUGAAUUCUACGGGUGAACCAUUACUUCAUAAGAAUACAGAACAUAUUCCUGAAACCAAUUCUUUGGGAAGAGCAUACCCCAAGGUCAGCCAACCACUUAAAAUAGAUACAUUGAAGAGUAAUGAAACCAACUGUUCUGUGGUCAACUCACUGCUUGAUAAUGAUACAAUGCAGGUUGUUGAGGAUACUGACAAACUGAAAUCUCAUGUCUCACCUCCAUACAGUGGACCUUUGCAGCUACCUACCCAACUAGCUGAUGCAAGGUUUGGGGCUCAUACAUCACCAGGAAUAUCACCGAACAGUUUGUUAGGGGCGGAUGGCUGUAAUCACCUUUCAAAUUUGCAAAAAGAUGACACAAAUAGCCGAUGCUCCCAAGACAGAUCUGCUGAGCUGCUUCCACCUCAUAAUUUUAUUUCCACUGAUGCUUGUCAAUCAAGGCACUUGUCUUAUAGAACACAAAGUAACGACAAACAUUCCAAUGGUGCUGCUGCUGUGAAUGCCUCUAAAUCUGCAGAUAGUGAGUUAUCUCAGGAACAGUAUUUAUUGGUCAGACCAUCUUUGGAAUUUAAUGGAAGUAUUUCAGAUGUGGAAACUUCCUUGGGCCAUCCUCCUCUGAGCAUGCAAAAUGAGAUUCUCCAAGCAGACCCAGUAUCUGACUCAAUCAAUUGCUCUUCAGGAAAAUUGGGUGAUGAUGUUCAUGUCAGCAAAGCCUGUGGUGGUUCUGCUGAUAACAGAAAGAACAAAUCUGUGGUUCCAAAAGUUAGCCCGAUUAGUUCAUCUAGAACCAGAGGUAAGCAAGUAACAGAAAAGAAUGCUGUCGCUUCAUCAGGAAAAAACAAUGGAAAACUGCGACAAGGAAAAGAACAAGAGACCCCUCAUGCUAAGGAUGAUGUGCAAGUAAUUGCUGAUGCUAAGGAUGAUGUGCAAGUAAUUGCUGAUUCAUGCACAGCCGAAAACAUUGAGAAAAUGAAGUCUCCAUGUACGCCAGAAUCAUGUGACAAGAACAACAAGCACCAAGAGGAUAGAGGGCAUGCUCAGAAGAAGUCAGCUGCAGAUGGUGUCCAGAUUAAUGGGGGCAUGUCAUCCAAAAGAAAACGAAUAAAGCGCCAAGACACUGUGCUUCCCAAUUCUCAAGACACAAAUCCAUUAUCUCCCAAUCACCAAGAUGGCAUUGACACCCAUGUGGUAACUGCAGAAAAAAUUUCAGUGGAAACUCAACCUUCUGGUCGUUACUUCCUAAGAAAUUCAGGAUUUGAUCACUUCAUGCUUCUCAAGUCUGAGACAAAGAAUGAUGCAGUGAACCACAGUAUGUCAGUUGCAAGUGAUGUUCAACAAAAUGAGAAUUCUUCUCCCAAGCUAAGAGAUAGGUUCAGCCUAUCUGAGGUUGCUCUCUGUAACUCUUCUAGUGCAAAGGCUUUAUCACCUAAUUUUAGUAAUGGUAUCCGCAGCAGGAAUGUAGUUGAAGAAAUGGACCUCCAAAACUAUCAAGCACAGUUACAAAAUAUUUUUGAUGUUGCUGCAAGUUCUCCAUUGGCUAGCAGCUCUAUGGAACUCUGCAGUCAAGAGGAAAAUACUUACUUACAAGGUGAGAGAUUAAGUGUUGCUAAUUCCAAUGUGGAACAUCCGUGGAUGGCUCCUCAGAUGGAUGAAAUAUUGUCUCAGAGUGUGACACUGAAUCCAGCAAAUUAUUUCAGCACUGAUUCAACAAAUAUAUUCCCGAGUUAUGCAUUGGAUCAACAUGGUAAACAGGCAUCUGCUCCAGUUGCAUUGUUUCAUGAGGAAUUAAGUUAUGGCUCUGGCGUGGAAGUUGAUAGGAAAUUUAGAAGUGAAGAUCUAACAGGACAUUUGCUAUCUGAUGAUAUUACCCCAAGGCAAAAGGAUGAUGACUCUGUGGAAUUCAAUGAUGCAAUGCCACAAUUUGAGAGCUUUGAUUUUUCUCUUCCAUUGGAUAGCUCAACUACUGAAGAAAGUACAUUUGGGAGCGUUCAUGAUUCCAGACAAUUUGGUACAUUUAAUUCUGAUACCUCUAAUAAAUAUAAGAUGAGCACAGUAAGUGGCAUGUGUCAGCUAUUGGCAACUAUGUCAGGGAAAGCUGCAAACUGUUUGUUUAAUGAUGAUGGAAGACAACACAGUGUAAGUAUUGAUGGCAGAAUAACAGAUAUUUUUGGUUCAAGUGGAUUGGGACAUAAGGGUUCUUUCAUUACUUCUGAUGUUGUAGUGUCAUGUUCCUCAAAUGCUGCUAACAAAAAGGAUAAUGGUGAAAAUCCAUUGACCCCUUAUGUUGAAAAGUAUUGCGUGGGGAAACUUUCAGAAAAAAAUAGAUCUGUUUCAGAGCAUAUGGGUUCAAUUCCUGAGCUUUUAUGCUUCCGAAUUGAUGAAGACAGUGACAUUGCAGAAGAAAAUGAUUACCGAGAGAUAUUACCUGGAUCUGUAGGCAACCAGGGCCAAUCUGGAAGAAAAGCACUUCAGGAUAUCACUGGACUAUGUCAAAGCAUUGGGGAUCCUGCCUCUUAUUCGAUAGGUAUGAUUAUGGAUACAGGUGACACAGACAUGACUGUAGAAACUUGCAGCAGCAAACUCAAUCAUGAUCCAGAUCUCAGGAACGAUGGUGAUAACAAGAAGCCUAAAGAAAGUUGUGCUUCUUUAUUAAAAAAAGGAGGGAAAAUGUCUCAUUCCCUCCAUAACAGAUUAAGCAAGAGAGAAACAAGACAGAGUGAAGCAAAUCCUGGCAAGCGCUCUAAGCCUAGCAAUAUUGUUGCUAAUGUGGCAUCUUUUAUACCUCUUGUAAAGCCAAAGGUGCAACCUGCAUGUGUGAAAAAAGAUGUCAGAGUGAAGGCACUUGAGGCAGCUGAAGCUGCAAAACGUCUUGAAGAAAAGAAACGAAAUGAACGUGAAAUGCGCAAAGCAACAGCAAAAUUAGAGCGUGAGAAACUGAAGCAAGAGAAAGAACUAAAGCAAAAACAGGAAGAGGAACAGAAGAAGAAAAGAGGUGCUGAUGUGGCAACAAGGAAGAGGCAGAGGGAUGAGGAGGAAAGGAGGGAAAAGGAGAGAAAAAAGAAAUGCAUUGAAGAAGCUCGAAAACAACAGACGCGACCUAUGGAAAGAAAGCAUGCCAACAAUGACAAAGAAGCUCAUCCAGAAGCUCAUGAUAAUAAGGAGCGGCAGAAGAAUUUGGCUGAAGUGGUGAAAGUCCCAGUAAAAGUUGAUGAAAUGACAGGCCUUGGAGGAAAGGCCACUAUCAGUCACAAUGAAAUGGUUCUGAUAACCGAUGAGAGGCCUGCAAUUUUUGGAUCUCAUUGUCAGGAAAAUAUCCCAAACAGUAUUGAGGAGUCAUACAUAAUGACUCCAUAUAAAGAUUCUGAUGAUGAGGAUGAUGAUUUCGAACAUAAAGAGGAAUCAAGGCGAAGAAGGAAAUUGGUUCCUUCAUGGGCUCGGGGAAAAAACUUGGAAAACAUCUUAUUAUCCAAUUAUGUUUUGGACGUUAGAAAAAUCUUUGCACGGAAAUGCUCGUCUGAUCUCUCUGAAAGUAAUCCCCCAUCCAUCACUGUCCAUGUGAAUUAA